CCCCGACGACAGAUGCUUGAUUGUCGACCCCGCAUUCUAAGCCCUGCAGCACCUAUCUUUUUCUUCCCGUUCUAACCCUCGUGCGUUAUACAUGUCCCUUGGCUCAUCAUGACUACAGUUGCUAGACCAUUUUGCAUCGCCUUGCGCUAUUCUACCCUUUUACGUUCAAGACUGACAAUACCUACACCUUCACAGACGGUGUCUCGCCUUGCACGAACGUAUACCGUUCCGUCAACUCCGCGGUACUUGCCACCUCAACAAUCGAACGCUACUGCAGCAAGCGCUGCGUCUAGAGUGAGCAGUGGGCCUGCCGACGAGUCUCAGGAGACAAGAGCAAGCGAAAUUAAGGAUGCGAAACUGAUAUUCAACCAAGCAUGGAAAAAUAUUGAAGACCACUAUGGCCGAGAAAACAUUCAUUUACCUCGAGAGUUUAUUUUCUUGAUGGGUGCGCCUGGAUCGGGUAAAGGCACCCACACACCAUCUAUACUACGUGCUCGUGGCAUCACCAAUCCGCCGAUUUCAGUAUCGCAGUUGCUACAGACGCCCGAGUGCAAAGAGUUAAUCAACCAGGGUCAGAUGAUCUCGGAUCGGUAUGUGAUCGAGCUGAUACUGCAUGCCAUGUUAGAUUGCGAUCCAUCCGUUGGCGUCUUGGUGGAUGGGUUUCCUCGGACAGAUAUCCAGGUCGAGGCGUUAAAGAUGCUGCAUGAAAAGAUGGCCGAGCUGAGAAGAGAGUUUUACAAUACAGAUCGUCGCGAUCAAUUUCCACGCCCAGUGUUCCGUAUUUGUGUGUUAUAUGUGGAUGAGGAUAUCUCGGUGCAGCGACAGUUGGCACGUGGAAAGAUGAUCCGCGAUCAUAAUUUAGAAGUGAAAAAGACAGGUCAAGGCGUGGUGUGGGAAGAACGUGUGACGGACAACGAUGAAAUGGUGAUCCGCAAUCGAUACUCGAUUUUCAAAGCCCACUAUGGCUCGUUGCUAAAGUUAUCUAAAAUGUUCCCCUUUCAUUUAAUCAAUGCCACAGGCCGUAUUAAAGAGGUGAUGGAGAUCAUUCUUCACGAGUUCGAGUACCAGUCCUCACUUGAACUGGAAUCGGAUACCUAUGAUGCCAUCUCGCAUAUCCCACUUGCCACUGCCAUUGGUGUGCAUGCUCGUCAAGAAUUGAUCAGCCGUUUAGAGCAUUACCAAGAAAUUGAACCGGUUAGGUUGCAGAGCGCUAUCCAGUUUAUUGAUGACCAUAUCAUUCCACAAGUCAACCGACACUCAAUCAGUGGCCAUGCCAUGAUCCGCACAGAGGACUCGUUGCUAAGUGACGGCCACUUUGUCGAUAUUGUGAUGGAUGUAUUAUCCGAACGAGGCUAUCAUGUGUCAUUCGACAGCCGGACGCACCAUGAGCCCGUCCGCGUCGAUCUAACAACGGGCAAAAUUGAGUUAGAAACCCAUCACACGUAUAUGUUGAGCAUCCAUUUCCCCAAGCAUUAUAUUAGAGCCUUAGAGCAAAAAUUCCAUUAGCUUUGCUAUGUUCGCCCGGCACCGCUCCCCCCUUUUCGUUUCAAUAUUGUAUAACAUAUAUAAUGCUUCCUUUUGAAGCGAUAGAGAAAAGAAGCACGCGUGUAUGGAUGUGUGUGUGCGCGGCGUGAUGAUGGCGACGAAUAAAUGAUACCAAACAGUCCAACAAGGAAGUCAUAUGGAAUACUCGUGGUAUGUAUACUACAGAUUAGGAUACACCAACACGACAUGUAUGAUACACAUUUUAUUUAUAUAUGAAAAGACCUUGAUGUAUAUGCUGUGAUCCCCUCUUUCUCUCUGCCUUAACGUUGCACAUUGAUAGGAACGGAUGAACGACUGGUUGUAAAAUAUUAGACUUUAAUAAAUUGAUCCGCACCAACGUAACUCAAAUGUUUG